AUGUCUUCUCCCGAUUCAAGUCGUGCUGGAUCAACGGCCCCUGCCCCUGCCAUUGACAAUGGCCCUUCACGCGUGUAUAAUAUCACCAACAGGCUCUUCCACAGGCACUACGACAUCAACUCGGCGGAUGAUCAGCCUCUGUUCUACGGCGAAGUAUCUGUGUUCACUCUCAACAAGCCUGACCUUACUCUCCAUGCUGGUACCAGCAGCCAGGCCCCAAUUGUGGCCGUCUCCAAAUUCCGGAAGUCGUCUGGUGGUUACAAAAUAGGCAUUGGAAACCCCGACGAUGUGAACGCCGUCCAGUGGGAGGAUAUGACCAAGGAACUCAUCCACAAACCAAAAUACCGGUUCGAAAUGACAUCUGACCAAACUCAGAGCGGGAGACGGUCAUUCCUGUGGAAGCGUACACGCACCGUUGGCGUUGAGGAUUCAGCACCGUCUAAAUGGACCGCCCGGAACUAUAAGCUCGUGGAUGAGCACACCGAGCAUGUUCUGGCCGUAUUUUCAGGUGCGAAACUGGGCAGAGGUGGGAAACUGCAAAUCAGAGUGGAAUACGGAGAAGACUUUGAUCGAAUGGUGUUGGUUUCUUGUUUAAGUUUGUAUGAGAAGGCGAAGCGCAAACAGAAGGCAUCCAGUGGUGGUGGCGGCGGCGGAGGAUGUUGA